CUGUUGGAAGGGGAGAUAUUAGCAAAUGGCCAGCUUCGAAGGAGGUGGAGGAUUUCAUAAGGAAGUGUGAAGUGCAUGCGGAUAAAACACUGACACAGUUUUGUCAUGACCACAGUCAGCUGUGCUGCUCUGAUUGUGUUGUAACAAUUCACAGUCAGUACAGUCAAGUGACCCCCAUUUCUGAGUUGACCAGCACACAUUCCACAGACCUGCAAGGACUCUCGAUGAAACUUAAAACUAUUCUUGGAGACAUGAAGAGCUUACAGAACAAUCAGGAGGCCAGUAUGCAGACGUUGCAGGGAUCAUACACUGACCAUGAGGGGUCUGUGAUACAACAGCUGUGUCUGAAUAUAAAUACCACUGUGGAUGCAUUUGCUGAUAGUACUGUGAGCUUGUCUGAUGAAAAUGAACAAUAUAUUAAAGCAGAAUUGUGUAGAAAUGUUAAUUCCAUCUUGAAUGCAUUUGAUAAUAGAUCUGUGAAAGAACUUAGCCACAUGAAUGAUGCAGUUAUUAGCAUAAAAGGUUCCAUUACAAACUCCAUUAAUAAAUGCAUUAGUCUUCAGAAUGACUUAACACAAUUCUAUAAAAUCAUUCAUAAAAUAGGGGAUAAUAAGGAGCUCCUUCUUAUAGCUAGUAUGAAAUGUGGGCAAAAAUUACGACAGGCGUUGGCAGUGCUGGGAAAGUCAGACAAUGUUUUUUCUGUACUAGGGAAAUCUGAGCACAAUGUCAGAAUACCAAGUGAUUCGGAUUCAAUUCAAUGCAGGAUCAUAGCUAUAUGUGCUCUCCCAGAUGGGCAGUUCCUUGUUGCAGACAACAUUAAUAAGAAAGUCAAGCUUCUGAACAAGCAGUGCCAGGUGGUGAGUCACUUGGGUGUGACUGCUCUUCCACUGGACAUGUGUCAAAUCACACCCAGUGAGGUUGCUGUGAUUGUGAAUGAUGUUAACACACAUGAGGUCCAGUUUAUCACAGUCAAGCAGAGCCUGCUUGUUCCAGAAAGGAAGUUUCAGUUAAAACAUGCAUGUACAGGUAUUGCCCACAACCAGGGGGACCUGUUCAUUGCCUCUGGUAGAGCACUGUUCAAGUACACAUUGUGUGGAAAACAGGUCUGCAGACUGUAUGAGGAUGUAUCAUAUGAAAAGACAGUAGAAAAGUGUGCUGUGAGUCCCACAGGUGACAAGCUGUACAUUGCCAGCUACUGGCAGAACAAGCUCCUCACCCUGGCCAGGGAUGGAACACUCCUGGCUAUAUUGACAGACCAAAAUCUAGGAGAGCCAUCUGGUCUACAUGUUACCCCUGCAGGCCAAGUGCUGGUCUGUGGAUGGAUGUCCCACACUAUACUACAGGUGGACGGGGAGGGGAAGAGAAAGCUGACCAUUGUGGCUAAAGGGGAGAGGGAUGGAGUGGAGGACCCAGAGUCAGUCUGCUUCAGCAGCACCACAUCGUCCAUCAUUGUAGGACAGUCGAGGGACAUCAUCCUGGUCUUCAAAGUGGAAUAGUGUGUACAUGUCCCAUUAAGAUGAGCAGUCAACAACAGCAGCAGCAACAACUGUCUAGUCAGCAGCAGCAGCAACAGCUGUCUAGUCAGCUGCAGCAGCAACUGUCUAGUCAACAACAUCAGCAUCAACAACUGUCUCAUCAACACCAUCAGCAGCUACAACAACAAUUAUUAAGUCAACAGCAGCAGAAUCAGUAACACUUUUCCAGUCAACAACAGCAGCAGCAAAGUUAACAGCAGCUGAAGCAAUUCCCACAACAGUAACAACAAUCCAGUUGAAAGCAGCAGUAGCAGCAACACUCACUAGUCAACAACAUCAGCUACAACAAAAACUGUCCAGUCAACAACAACACCAGCAGCAGAAACAACAGUUCAGUCAAAAUCAGCAGCCACAACAACUGUUAAGUCAACAACAGCAGUAGCAGCAACAACUGUCCUGUCAACAAUAGCAUAUGAAGCAACAACUGUCAAGUUAACAGCAGCAGCAGCAAUUCUUAUAGAAGCUACAACUCCCUGUCAAAAGUAUCAGUAGCACUAACUGCUCUCCAGUCAACAACAUCAGCUACAACAAAAGCUGUCCAGUCAACAACAUCAGCAUCAACAACUGCCCAGUCAACAACAGUAGCAGCAGCAACAAUUGUCCAGUCAGCAGCAGUAGCAGCAAAUCCAACAGCAGAAAACAUGUCCAGUCAAAAACAAUAGCAGAAACAACUGUUCAGUAAGAAAUAGCAGAAGCAGCAAGGACUAUUCAGUCAUUAGCAGCAACACUCACAGCAGCAACAGCCAUCCAGUCAACAGCAGCAUCAAUACCUGUCCAUUCAACAGCAGCAACAACUCCCACAGCAGCAAUAAUUGUCCAGUCAACAUGCGACAUAUACAAGACAUGAAAUUCGCCAGAAAGUGAGUUUAUUAUUAGCAGAAUUUGAAAAGAGCGUUAUUAAGGCGGGGGGGGGGGGGGGGGG